AUGGACGCCAAAACAGACCCUUACGACGCGACGGAAACACAACUGGAAAAACUCGAAUCGCCAGGCACACCACCUACAUCAUCCGAUGAAGAUGAUCCCUUUUACUGGUUCACGCCGGAAGAAGGCCGCAAAAUCAAACAUAAAAUCGAUCGCAGAUUGGUAUUGGUCCUCGGGGCGAUGUAUUGCGUCAGUUUGAUGGAUCGCACGAAUCUCUCGAAUGCGGCGAUUGCGGGGAUGAGGGACGAGUUGUAUAUGGUGGGGAAUAAUCGAUAUUCCAUCGUCACCUUGGUGUUCUUCAUCACAUACACCAUUUUCCAACCCGUGGCGACUCCCUUGACUCGCAAAAUUGGACCGAGAAUUUUCUUGUCGAGUAUUUGUUCGGCGUGGGGGUUGGUGAUGAUUGGGAUGGGAUUGAUUCAUGAAUGGCAAGAACUCGCCGGUUUACGCGUCAUACUCGGAGUCUUCGAAGCAGGAUACUUUCCCGGUGCGGUAUAUCUGCUCUCGACCUGGUUUGUACGAUAUGAUGUGGGAAAGCGGUAUGCGGUCUUUUAUAUGAUUGGAUCAUUGGCGAGUGCUGUUUCGGGGAUUUUGGCUUACGGUUUGAUGCAAAUGGAUGGAAUAGCUGGGUAUCGUGGAUGGAGAUGGAUCUUCAUCAUCGAAGGAAUUCUCACCGUCGUGAUUGGAAUCAUCGGCUUCAUCUUUCUCGUCCCUUUUCCCGACCAGAACGCCUGGCGAUCCUGGAACUUUCUCUCGGAGCGCGAAGUGCGAUACAUCAUGGCCACGGUCGAUCGCGAUCGCGGUGAUACUCAAAUUGAAGCCUUCAGUCUCAAGCGCUUUUUGACUCCCGCGAAAGAUAUCAAAGUGUGGGGAUUUGCAAUGAUCUUUUUCUGUACGACGACGAUGGCGUACGCAAUCGCCUUCUUCCUCCCUAUCAUCCUCCUCCUCGGAAUGGGCUUCACCAUCGCCCAAAGUCAAUGCCUCGUCGCACCUCCAUAUGCCUUCGCUGCCGUGGUCAUGUACGUGGAGAGCUGGCUCGGCGACAAGUACCGUGUUCGCGGGCCUCAGAUCCUGUUCAAUGCCGUCAUGGCCAUCAUCGGACUCUCCCUCAUGGGCUGGACGACGACGAGCGGAGUGCGAUAUUUUGGCGUGUUUCUCUUCUGUGCACCCGUGCAGGCGAAUGUUGUCAUGGUCAUGUCCUUCCAGGCGAAUAAUAUUCGAGGACAGUGGAAGCGUGCAUUCUGCAGUGCCAGUCUUGUCGGAUUUGGUGGAAUUGGCGGUAUUGCUGGCUCCCUCGUCUUUCGCGAACAGGAUCAACCGGGAUAUGUUCCUGGUCUGUGGGCUUGCAUCACUGCGUGUUUGCUGACCAUUAUCAUUACCUUGGCCUUGCAAAUUCAUUUCUGGAUCCAGAAUAAGAAGGCCGACCGUGGGGAGAAGGAACUCGAAGGUGGUGGUCCGAGUUUCCGUUACACGCUGUAGAGUCCAGACUCAUCUAGGUCGAUCUGAGUAUACGGUAUUGAGAAACAGAAU